UGCAUAACAUUCGUUGAGGCAACGUCUGCGGCUCAGUGAUCGUUCUACUUUGGUCGCGUGAACGCGUCUCCGCCGGAAUAGCAUCCAGUAACAAGUUCACCACACGUGCAUCUCAAGGAUAUUCAGUUAACUGAAACCGUGUGCUUGGCAUCAAUUUUGAAAUAUGUCGCACGGCGAACGCAAAGGUCGCCUCAAUGUGGUUAAAUUUUUGGAAUUGGCAUUUUCCGUAGCCUGUCUUGUGCUGCACUUUUACAGUUUCAAUGAUCGCGACAUUUUGACGUCCUUUAUGGCGACAGGCACGUUCACCGGCUACAUUAUUGUGGUCAUCGGUGUAUUUGCAGGCGUUCUAAUGCGUGCUCCCAUUCAUAAGCGGAUCGACAUCUUCUUCAGCGUGCUGGGCUGCGCCCUGUUCGUGGCUAGCGGCGUCUUCAUUAUAGAAGCCUGGGAGUUCUCGUUUCGGACGCGUACACGUGAUCUGGCGCUGAUCAAGGCAUCGCUGUCCAUUGUUAAUGGUGUGCUGUUUGGCUUUGAUGCGAUUUUUACUUUUCGCGAUAAAUGAAAUACUACUGAUCUAGUUGCCAAAGACAUUCUUGCAUUUAAACCUAAACAAUAUUUACAUUUAUAUUUAUACUUAACGAAAAUACUUCUCGAUACUUGAGUAAAAAUAUAACUAGGUCUUACAGUCAUACAUAUUUCCUAUUCAAACAUACAUAAGAUUUUUCCAA